AUGGCCAUUCGACCAAUCUUUGUUUUCAUGCUCCUUGCCACCCUGGCAUUCGCCAUGAUGGCAGAGUCCUCAUUGUCCUCCUCCCACUUCAACGAUCCUGUAGUCAGUACACUCGGCCACAGUACUAGCGGCGGAUUUGAUGAACUGACUACAGGCCGUAUCGGGGACACAUUGUUCGAGGAUGAAGAGAUGAUGAUGCCGACAGAGUCAGCCCGUAGGGCCCUCAAUAGCCGGGACCACAUUAGUUAUCGGGCGAUGGCAAAGAACGGCAUCCCCUGCAAUCGUCGCGGCGCAUCUUACUACCAGUGCACGCGCAUGCAGAAGAUUCGGCCUUAUAGACGAGGCUGCAGUAAAAUCACCAGAUGCAAACGUCGUUAA